GCUCCACGUUGAACCAGAAAAGAGCUGUGGUUUCUCGUGUUGCUGUGUGUUUGAUGGGCUCCAGACCUGAGGCACUGAGCAGCAGCUGAGAGCAUUGCCCAGAGAGGGACAGAGAGGGACAGAGAGGGAGAGGGGAGACGCCACUCCAACUCCAACUCCACUCCACUCCACUGUUGGAAGGAAAAAUGUUCUCUCGCAAGAAAAAGGAAUUGACGAAAACGCAUUCAAUAUCUAAGAAAAACAGAACAGGAAGUCCUAUACCACACAGCACAUCAGAACUCCCUCGGAAGGACCAGUCGGAGUCGCCGCUGGUUCCGAGCUCGGCUACGGCGGACGUGGCCACAGGGAAUGCCUCGCGACUGAGCAGCAGCCCGAGUGGGGUCAGUACCUUGAAGAGACCCACCACCCUGAGCCGUCACUCCAGCGCUGCCGGCUUCUCGAUGCCCAUCACGGGGACCUGGGGCUACAGUAAAGGCUAUAAGUCCUCUCCCACCUCCAACCCUGACAGCUACGAGGUGCCUGACGUGGAGGACAUCCCCCAGUUGCUGCACCACGUGAGCAGAUUCUCCGAGGCUGUGGAGAAGCUGAAGGACAUAGUAUUGGGAGAAGAGGAAGAGGAAUCUCGGCGGCCGGUGGCACAUGAGGCGUUGGGGGAGGUGCUGUGGGUGCUGAGGCAGAUUAUCGGCAAAUACCCUCUGCUCAACACGGUGGAAACGCUGACGGCAGCCGGCACUCUGAUAUCCAAAGUCAAAGGCUUUCACUAUGAAUCCAGCAACGAAGCUGAUAAACUGGACUUUGACAAAACGAUCGAGACGAUAGCGGUGGCUUUCAGCAGCAAUGUGUCGGAUUUCCUCAUGGGAGAGAUGGACAGCAGCACAUUACUGUCUCUGCCGCCAGCAGACAAAAGCAGGUCCAUGGAGAAUCUGUGCGGUGGGAUCACAGCUGACAUGAUGCCGGCCAGAGAGGAGCUGAGUUACUUGGGGAGCAUGUCUGCGGAGGAGGUGGACAUCAUGCUGCAGAGGUCGGAAGGGGGUGUGGAGGCUGCCCUACAAUAUGCGAAGACCAUCUCCAAGUACUUGAAGGACCUGAUCUAUUACCUGGAGAAGAGGACGGUUUUGGAGAUGGAGUUUGCCAAAGGCCUGACCAAACUGAUCCACACAUGUCGGCCUCUCAUCGCACAGGAGUGCCAUGUGCCGUUCCAGUCCAUCUACUCGUUGGCCUUGGAGCAGGACCUGGAACAUGGAAACAGUAUGAUGCAAACUGCCAUCAUCCUGCAGAACCAGACCUUCCUACAGCCGUUGACUAUGAGACGACUGGAACAUGAGAAACGCAGGAAAGAGAUCAAAGACCAAUGGCACCGAGCGCAGAGGAAGCUGCAAGAGGCAGAGUCGAACCUGAAGAAGGCCCGUCAGGCCUACUUGCAGCGCUCGGACGAGCACGAAAAAGCCAAGCAGCUGACGGUGAAGGCCGAGGAGGAUGUCCACGGCACCAGCAGCAGCAACGCCAGCAAAGCCUUGGACAAGAGGCGGCGCAUGGAGGACGAGGCUCGCAACAAGGCGGAGGAGGCCGAGGCUACGUACCGCACGUGUAUCGCUGACGCCAAGACCCAGAAGCAGGAGCUGGAGGACGUGAAGGUGAACGUGUUGCGGCAGCUCCAGGAGGUCAUCAAACAGAGCGACCAGAUCCUCAAAUCAGCCUCCAUCUCUUACUACCAGAUCAUGCACAUGCAGACGGCCCCACUCCCGGUUCACUUCCAGACUCUGUGUGAGAGCAGUAAGCUGUACGACCCCGGGCAGCAAUACGCCUCCUACGUGCGGGGUCUGCAGAUGGAAGCCGAGUCAGAGGCGCAGUAUGACUUUGAACCUUCUCCCCAUUUCCGCACCCGAAAAGGCAGCUUCGGUUCUCACGACUUUGCCUCCAACAGCUCGAGUGCAGAGCUGCACUCCCAGUCCUCCGUGGAAGAGCCCGGAAGCCCAACUUCCAAAGCCUCCAGCGCUCUCGCUGAGCGACGAGGAGUCCGAGGGCACCAGCUCCACAAGUCAUGGCCCACCACCAUGACGGAGACGGAUGGGGUCGGAGGUGGCAGCUCCCUGGACUCCCCUUCGUCUGCCGCAGGAGAUUUUUCUCGGAAACUGCCGAGAAUCCCCUCGUCUGGCACCAUCUCAUUCCCGGAGGAGUCGGCUGAUAAGGACGGGAGCUCCUCCUCCUUUGAGCAAAGUAUCAAUGGGAUGGCUCCCGAGAUGGCUGUACCCACCGGUCCCUUCAGGAACGUUCGUCUGUCCAGAGCGGCUCAGACACAUCGCCUCAAGAAACUGCGCACACCGUCAAAGUGCCGCGAGUGUGACAGCUACGUUUACUUUCAGGGAGCGGAGUGUGAGGAGUGUAAUCUCGCCUGCCACAGGAAGUGUCUGGAGACAUUGGCCAUUCAAUGCGGCCACAAGAAGCUCCAGAGGAAGCUGCAGUUGUUUGGUAGAGAGUUCGCUCGUUCAGCCCAGGACAGCAGCGAUGGCAUCCCCUUCAUCAUCAAGAAGUGUAUCUCCGAGAUCGAGAGCCGAGCCCUGCACACCAAGGGAAUCUACCGUGUAAAUGGGGUGAAGACCCGAGUGGAGAAGCUGUGUCAGGCCUUUGAGAAUGGGAAGGAGCUGGUGGAGCUGUCCCAGGCCUCUCCUCACGACAUCAGUAACGUCCUCAAGCUGUACCUGCGGCAGCUCCCAGAGCCUCUCAUGCUCUUCCGCCUCUACCAUGACCUGAUGGGCCUGGCCAAGGAGAGCAAGCAGGGGACCGGGGAGGGCCACAAGGCCAAGGGACUCGAGAUCGUGGACAAGGGCCCGCAGACGGACAAGGAGGUCGUGGCCAUCGUGUCCAGGCUGAAGGACCUUCUCCAGGAUCUGCCGUCAGCCAACAAGGCCACCUUGCGCUACAUCAUCGGGCACCUCAGCAAGAUCGCAGAGCUGGAGCAGAGCAACAAGAUGUCGUCCAGUAACCUGGGCAUUGUCUUUGGGCCAACACUGAUGAGACCCAGACCCACAGAGGCCACCGUCUCGCUCUCCUCCCUGGUUGACUACCCUCACCAGGCUCGCAUCCUCGAGCUCCUCAUUGUCUUCUACACCACCAUCUUCGAGGUGAAGGAGAGAGAGUUGGCCACGACCCCCGGGGGCCAAAGCGACAGCUCGGAGCAAAAGAGCCCGAGUGAGGGUUACAGCGAGGCCGACUCCUCACCAGCUCCAACACAAUCAGCCGCUGACUCGCCGGGUCUGGACAAGGCGUCCGAGUUUCCCAGAGACAGACUGUCCUCCAUCGACAGGGUGGACCCUCAGUGUGGAAACUCUCAGGGAUCAGAGCGAUCGUUGGGGUCCCGGGAACGCUCUCUGGACUCGGACUCGGAGUUGGACGACGCAGCCUCGGAAAGCGGAGUGUCUGGGCCGGGAUCGGGAGCGAGGGUCCGGGGGGCUGAGCAGACCAGCGUGAGCAGCACGGACGGUGUGGAGGAAGAGGAGGAGGAGGAAGAGGCUGUUACCGGAAACCUACAGGAUCCCGACUCGGAUCCCGAUCUGUCACAGACUGAGGAUCAUCCCGGAAACUCCGGCCUCGGGGGCGAUGGGGGGGAGAGCGAGGGGCUCCCAGGAGACCCCCAGGGCUCCAGCCCCACCCCUGCCCUGGUGGAGUCUAACACCAACCAAUCGAACAAUGUCCGGCACCUGGAAACAUAGACUGUUCUACUCUGGAAAUCAGGAAUUUGUCUGGUGGGACAUCGGGAUUGGGAUGUGCAGUGGGGAGUGGAUUCGUAAGGAGAUCACGACAGGAAAAGCCUAUUUGGUUCCCGGGUUAAAUCCGGUGUCGUAAGAAUUCUCAGCAAUUCAAUGACACCUUAAUUUUUUGUACACCCCCCCCACCCACAAACACCCCCACUCCCCCCACACACGCACACACCACCCACAUACACACACUCACUCACUGUGCGGGCUUUUUGGGGAUUAUUAUUUGGGGAGGGAUUUUUUUUAUGGGAAAACAUUUGUUCUGUGUAACAGCGAUUUAUAUAAAUAAUAUUUUUUUCUGUGUGUGCGUCUGAGUG